UGGUUACUCUGGUUGUGGUUCAUUAUCAUUUCAGAUGCAACGCUAAACGAGCCGAGAGCACAGCUCUGUCUCUUCUCCCAGUCAUCGGCUGGAUGAAAGCGUACCGAUUCAAAGAAUGGCUGCUGGGUGACAUCGUGUCUGGUGUCAGCACUGGACUGGUGGCUGUCCUGCAAGGGCUGGCCUACUGUUUGUUGGCUUCUCUGCCACCCUGGUAUGGGCUCUUCUCCGCCUUCUUCCCUGUGAUCAUCUACUUUUUCCUCGGCACCUCCAGACACAUCUCAGUGGGUCCGUUUCCAGUGCUCUGUCUGAUGAUUGGCUCGGUGGUCACCAGGCUGGUCCCAGACGAGGGGCCGGCGUUCAACAUCACGGAGUUUGAAGGCCUGACCAGAGACGAGCAGAGAGUGCUGGUGGCCUCUUCUGUCACUUUCCUUGCCGGCAUCAUGCAGCUUGCGAUGGGCAUUCUGCAGGUGGGCUUCGUUGUCAUGUACCUUUCUGACACACUUGUGUCAGGUUUCACCACAGCUGCUGCGAUCCACAUUCUGGUGUCGCAGCUCAAGUUUGUGUUGGGGCUGGAAGUUCCAGGGAUCAGCGGGCCGCUGUCACUCAUAUAUACUUUGGAGAUCAUCUUUAACAAGAUCACCUCCACCAAUGUCUGUGAUGUGGUGAUCUCCAUCGUGAUCAUGGUGGUGGUGUUCAUCGUAAAGGAGAUAAAUGAGCGAUUUAAAUCCAAGCUGCCUGUGCCGAUCCCCAUAGAGGUCGUCAUGACUGUUAUUGCAUGUGGAGUUUCAUAUGCAUUCGACUUUAAGACAAGAUAUGGCAUUGAUGUUGUUGGUUAUAUACCAAAAGGGUAA